UUCGGCCACGCGCGAACACUGACGAUCUCUUUGGCCACGUGGUGUUGCAUGACAUCUGCAACACGAGCACGUGCCAUCCGUCACCCGGGCUUGCUCUCGACCGCCGACGACUCUACGACGGAAAAUGCCAGUGCUCGCGCCGUCCUCGACCCCGCCAUCUUCUGCGACUUCGAGAAAUGUUGAACUAACGCCCGUAACCGCGCCAGAGGCGAUCUCUCAGCCUCCCGUGCCACCAGAUUCUAAACCCGACUCGACCGUCGCGCGACUGACACUGGAUCUGGAUGGUCUGAGCGCCGAGAUCGCCGGAGAACUCGCUACAUCCCUGGUCGGACACGUCCUGUUCCUCAAAAACCAGAUCCCCUUCCCCGUCGCGCAGCUCGCUCGUAUCCCCGGUACCAAGUCCGCGCCUAAAGCGCUGAAGCACCGCACAGACCUGCUCGCCGCGUUCGACACGCUCGGCUCGCAUCUGAUCACAACGUUCGCCGCGCUCUCGACGGCCCUUGCGCUCGUUGACGGUGGCCCUGUGGUUGCGCGACCCCCGCGCAAAGGGUACCUGGCCGUCCUCGUGGGGCCGAGCGUCGGUGCGGCGAAGACGAAGGUGAUGUAUGCGGUCGAUGGGCUAGUUACGAAGGUGUGGGGGGAGCGAGAGGACGAGUUCGAGGGAGACGACAACGAUGACAGCGAUAGUGAGGGGGAGGAGGAGGAUGGUGACAUCUCGGACAGUGAUAGCUCGGAUGACGAUUCCCGACGCUCGGACGAUGAAGAAGCGCCACCAUCGGACACAGAGGAUGACCCACACACUCCUCCACCUGACUCCCGCUCUCCGUCUCCGUCCCUCCAGUCAUCUCCUCCUCCCAGCCAGCCAGCACCCGCUCCGAUCCCGACGCUACAAGAAUCCACACAACAAGUGCUGCGCUCCGCAAACCGCCAGCUCUCGCAUACGCUCGCUACCGCGGAGCACAGCAUGUCGUGCGAGCUCGCGCCCACGCAGAUCCACAUCCUCCUCCGUGCCCCUCGCCGGUUCAAGCACCCAGCUUGGGUGCCCCGGCAGACGACCUCCGCGGGAUUGGACGCGACUCUGCGCGAGUUCCGAGAGGAAGCAGGCGACGUGGUCGCAGCCACCUCCCGGACUCGGGCUGGUAAAUCGCGCGGCGCGAAGCCAGAGGGAUUGUGGCUGACUUGUCGGAAUCCUGGCGUAGACUUUGCUGAGCCUGCGGAGGGGACGCCGGAGGAGGAUGAGAUGAUCUGGUGGAGCUGGGACGGUAAGCUGGCAGGAUUUGCAGAUUGGUGAAGUCGGGGACUACUUGCUGCAUUGAGUUGCAAAUCGUGCCAAGAUACAUGAUCUAGAGCGUGUGAACUCAUGUGUCUGCCAAAACUGC